AUGUACGGUCAUCAACUUGAAGCUCAACAUUAUUCGGACACAACCCACAGUUUACCUUUUCCACCGAACGCUAUGGGUGACAGAAAUUUGGGCAAUGUUUAUAAUGCGGUGUUGAAAUUCUUAAGCUCCAACGAUGACUAUCCCUCCUUGUACACGCCGUGGGAAUGCAUACAUAUCGUAAAUUCGGUGUUAAAUUUUCUAAAAUCUGACAUAGGCGCGAAUAACGCAAUUUUAAGUAUUUAUUCAUUAGAAUACCUUUUUUAUGUAAUGAAAGAAGCGACAUGUGACCAGAGAGAGCUGGAAAAGCCAAAGACUUUACACAUAACAGAUGCGUAUUUCGAAAGGGAUUACUUUGAAUAUGAAAUUGGCAUUGAAUGUCCGUUCCAUGAGGAUACAGACAGGGGAAAAUUUUGUACUCAAUCUUUAGUUACAAGAUGGGGAUACAUGUUUUCAGACCAUAUGUGUCAAGAUAUUGCUUUAUCGCUAAUACGGGGGUGGCAUGCUAAUGCAUAUAUGUUUGGACCAUAG